AUGGAGCAUCAUGCAUGCAACACCUUCCCAGAACUGGUUUCUCUGGUUAAUAUCGGCUCUGUCAACGUGUGGCUUGAUAAAGACAUGGCGGAUCUUCUUGUCAAUGAGCAUGCUCGAAUGCCUGUAGGACGAAUGCUGGCAGGAGAUCUGCAGUUUCACUUUCUUGUUAGAGAUUCAUUCUGCAUCGAGAUCUGCGAGCUGACCGGGUGCGAAGCUACCAUAGAACAGGAUGUGGAAGAAGAAGUCACAGCAGCUGAAGUGCCCUCUGCACAAGCCCUUAUUUCACACGAUUAUGCAGAGGUUUCAGUCAAGGCAGAGCCACAGAACGUUCUAAGCCAACAAUAUGAGUACAAGAUCCGUCCUUGCAUCGAUCUCAUUGACUCGCUGAGGUCACUGGGGGUGGAGAAGGACUUGGGAUUGCCAGCCAUUGCUGUCAUUGGCGACCAGAGUUCGGGGAAAAGUUCUGUACUGGAGGCCCUUUCUGGCGUGUGUCUUCCCAGGGGCAGUGGUAUUGUCACCCGUUGCCCCCUGGAACUCAAGUUAAAGAAGUCUCCAAAGGGCUCAAAGUGGAAAGGAGAAAUAAAGUACCGCGACCAAAAAGUACAACUUAAAAGCCCGGAUGAUGUGGGACAUGAGGUCAGGAAAGCUCAAGACUGCAUGGCUGGUUCCGGAAACGGAGUCAGUGAGGACCUUAUAAGCCUGGAAAUUGUAUCUCCUAAUGUUCCAGAUCUGACCCUGAUUGAUCUCCCGGGAAUCACACGGGUUGCCCUGCCCAAUCAACCCCCAGACAUUGGACAGAAGAUCAAGGGGAUGAUCAGCAAGUACAUUAAGAGGCAGGAGACCAUAAACCUGGUUGUGGUUCCCAGUAAUGUGGACAUUGCAACAACCGAAGCUCUGGAAAUGGCCAGAAAUGUGGACCCCACUGGACAGCGGACAUUAGGAAUCUUGACCAAGCCUGACCUGGUGGACAAAGGAGCAGAAGAGGAUGUUGUUAACAUAGUGAGAAACCUGGUCUACACACUCCGGAAAGGCUUCAUGAUUGUCAAGUGUCGUGGGCAGAUAGAGAUCCAGAAUAACAUUUGCUUGGAUGAUGCUAUAAGGAACGAGAAAGCUUUCUUCGAAAACCAUGAGCAUUUCAGCGCCCUGUUGGAUGACGGCUUUGCUACAGUCCCGGCACUUGCAGAAAAACUGACCGUUGAACUUGUUGAUCAUAUCAGUAAAAGUUUACCUCUUUUGGAGCAGCAAAUCAAAACAAAACGCAAGGAGGCAGAAGAGAGGCUGAGAAUGAUCGGCACUGGGGUCCCAGAGUCUGAAAUGGAUAAAGUUGCCUACCUCAUUGAUAAAAUUAAAUAUUUUGAAGAGGAACUUGAACAAGCCAUUAAUGGAGAAGAAAAUGUCGACAAAGGAAAUCUGAAGCUUUUCACCAGCAUGCGGAAACACUUUAAUACCUGGGAAAGAACUCUAAAAGAUUCAUCUGACAGAUAUGCUGAGGACCUAAGAGAUGACGUAAAGAUCUAUGAGGAUCAACACCGAGGCCGAGAGCUGACAGGCUUUGUAAGUUUCAGAACGUUUGAAAAUGUCGCCAGGAAGCAAAUCCAGACGUUCGAAGAGCCGGCGAUUGUGAAGCUGAAUGAAAUAGCCGAGCUGGUACGGACAUGUUUCGAUAACAUCGCUGCAAAGCAUUUUCUGCAGUUUCCAAAUCUUUACAGAAGUGCAAAGGGGAAACUGGAAAAUAUUUGUGGCGACCAACAAAAAGAGGCUGAGAAGACAAUUCAGAACCAGUUCAGGAUGGAGGACAUCAUCUAUUGUCAGGACUCGAUAUACGGGCGAUACCUGAAGGCCGCACGCGAGGAUGCUACUAAAUUUUGCUUUCAGAAGAGGUCAUCAAGUGACAUGUACUUGUCCAUCGUUGAAAUGAGUUAUCAUCUCCAAGCCUAUUUCAAGAACGCAAUAGUCCGCCUGGGUAGCCAGGUCCCUCUCAUCAUCCAGCAUUAUGUCCUCCGUGGGUCUGCCAAGCAACUCCACACACAGAUGAUGCUCCUGCUUCAAGAUAAACAGAAUUUGGAUCUGAUGCUGCGGGAGAAGCAGGACCUCUCCACGGAGAGGGACAGCUUAAAGGGUCGGAUCAGCCGACUGCAAAAAGCCCAGCAACGCCUGCAAAGGUUUCCCAGCUAAACUCUGGAAGUUCUUUCACCGAACCUGUUAUCCAACCG